AUGGAUUGGAAUUCAGUAAAUUUACCACAUUUGUAUAAUACGAUCGAGCAAGGCCCUAAGGAUGGCGCUCAGUUGAACCCAUUAUAUGACGAAGCUUAUGCAGCACCAACCGGAGAUGAGAACUUGCCAUCUUUAGACACCGAACCUUUGGCCAGAGAUGUCGCCAACGACACAUGGAUGAAGACCCGCCGUGUGCUUGCUGCCUGCGAUUCCGAAGACGACUUGCAGAAUGAAAACUCCAAAUUCACACAAGCAAUCAUCUCAAUGACAACAACCCCCUCCAAAUCUGACGGCAUGGCCUACUCAAUCUCGGAAUCUGACUAUCCAUCUCCGUCACAAACACCGAGCUACUUAACCUGCACCCCCUCCAUGUCUCCCCAAAAAUCAAGCCAAGGACAACACGUCUACAUGGUGCUCCACGACGCAGUCCCCGUCGCAGCAGAAUCUCUCGCAACAACCAGUGUCACCGGGGUAUAUACCACACUUGAAGAAGCAAACGGAUUCGUAGAACGGGUUGCAGAAGAGACAUGUAGGGAUGUUCCAGAGGAAAACAUGAAGAUGGCUAUAGAAAAUGGAGCGUUUGGUUUUGACAUUUUGGAUGUGAAGAGGCAUGUGUUGCAUAGGGUUUAUAUUGAGAGGCAGACGGUGAGGGGAGAGUGGAGUGAGAAGACCAAAAUUGAAGAAACGGGAGUAGUGAGGGAUCAGGUAGAGGAUGUGGGGAUUUUUGCUGGAUUUGCGAAUUUGUCGUUGGCUCUGGGAUUCAUGGCCGAGGUUUAUGAGGGUGAUGGGCCUUAG